GGUAGUUGAUGGAAGUACAAAUUUUCGGUGUUCCUGAUUAACUUUUAGAAGUAUUUCUCUUUUACAAAAUGAAUAGUCGAUAUCAGGAGCAUGGAUUUACCGAACAAACCAAAAUGUUAUUACGCAACAUCGGAGCUCAAUCAUUAAUAAAAGAAUGCAAGAAAAGAAAGAUAUCAACUGAUGAAUUGCAUAAAUUAACUAAAGAAGAUUUUAUGGUGCUUGGUGCUAGUGAAGAUUUUGCUGAAUAUAUAGUCAAAAUCUUUCAUAACACAAACGAGAAGUUUAAGAGGCAAAAGUUUGAACAAAACAUAUCUGAUAAUAUAAAAAUAUUGCAAGUAGCAGAGAAGCAAUUAGCUCUAUUUCACCCUUUUAUAGCAUAUUUUAGAGUCAAGCUUGAAAAAGAACCUAAUAAUGAGUUUGUUGAUCACGACAAGCCUAUAAGUGCUUCUGAAGUUCUAUGUAUUACUGUUGAUUAUAUACUUAGAGAAAUUAAUGAUGCUGAGCUAAAACUGAAAGAAUUGGAAGAUUUUAUAAUUAAGCCGAAACCUAAACCUAAACAUAAACCAAUUUAUUCUUAUAUGCUAUAUUACACUUCAAUAAGUAUUAUAUGUAUCGCUAUAUCCAAAUUAUUAAUAAGCAAAUUUUGGAAAUAAUGGUUUUUCAUCGGAAAUGUCUAUUUCUUAGAGAA